AUCUCCACCGUUUGUCAGUUAAGCUUCCCGAAUCCUAGCCGUUAAUCCCUAUCCAAAAUCCCUCUUCUCCUAUCAAUGCUUCUCAAAAUUCUUUCCCCCAACCAGAAGCAGCUGCCACCGUCGUUCGCAAUGGCCGCCACAGCCGCCGCCGCCGCCGCCCUGCAGCAAACCCCAGUCACUUUCUCGCCGCUGUUAUCCCAACUCCAUUCCAAACCAAUUACCAGACUAUCCCUCUCGUCAAACCUUAAAAUCCCUAAACUCACUAUCAAGCCCCUUCUCCGCCGCCGCGGCCGCGGAGGCGGAGCCUCCGGCGCCAGAAUGGCAGACACCGCAGCUGGAAGUUACGCCAAUGCCCUCGCCGAGGUCGCGAAGUCUAACAACACGCUCGAUGAAACCUCCGGCGACGUCGAGAAGGUCGAGAAAAUAUUCUCCGAUGAGCAAGUGCUGAACUUCUUCACCAAUCCCACGGUUGGCGAGGAAGAGAAGCGGAAAAUAUUGGACGAGAUCGCGAAAUCGUCAGGCCUGCAGCCUCACGUUGCGAACUUCCUCAACAUUCUGGUGGACAUGAAGAGGAUCGAUCUGAUAAAGGAAAUCGUGAAGGAGUUCGAAGUGGUGUACAACAAAUUGACAGACACACAGGUGGCGAUCGUCACAUCGGUGGUACAAUUGGAGUCGCAGCAUCUGGCGCAGAUCGCGAAGGAGGUCCAGAGACUGACCUCGGCGAGGAACAUCAGAAUCAAGACGGUGAUUGACCCGUCUCUGGUAGCCGGGUUCACGAUCCGGUAUGGAAAUUCCGGGUCGAAACUGAUUGACAUGAGCGUAAAGAAGCAGCUUGAGGAGAUUGCUGCAGAGCUUGAUCUUGGGGACAUUCAAUUAACUGUAUGAUUAUUAUUUUUGUUCCUAAUUUUUGGGAUAAGAACUCUCCCUCUCUCUCAUGCUUGUUUCUGGGAAGGGUAUAAUAUGUAUGGAUCUAUGAUUUUUUUGGUGGAGAAUAUAUGUGUAGAGUUUAAUUCUAUCUAAAUAAAGUAGGAACCUAAUUAGAGUUUAA